AUGCGGGGUUGCCCCCAGGCGCGUGCGCGGACGCGAGUCCGGGACGGUCAAGGGGGCGGGGCAGAGGCUAGGCGGCUCGGAGAAGCCACGCCUCCAUCUCCGCCGCCGCCACGCCUCCAUCUCCGCCGGCCGCCGCGCCUGAAGAAGGCCGGGAUACUGUCACUUCCGUCGGAGCCGCACUCUGUAUCCGGGUCAGCUGCUGCCGCGCCGCUGUAGACUGGGGACUGGGCCCGGGUCUCCGCUACUGUCCGAGGGGAGCGGGCUCCUCUCGGCGCUAUCUCCUGCGCCCUGGCCGUCAGUCCCACGUCGCCGGCCUGGAGGGGCGAAGAAGACGAGGGAGCCAAGGCUUCCUGCGGGGGCAUUGGCUCUCCGGAUUAUCAGGAGUUUGUAGUUGAUAUUGAAUCUAAGCUGAGGAUGGAAGGUGUGGAACUUAAAGAAGAAUGGCAAGAUGAAGAUUUUCCAAUACCUUUACCAGAGGAUGAUAGUAUGGAAGCAGAUGUAUUAGCUGUAAGUGGACCAGAGAGCCAGCCUGGCUCGCUAGAAGUUAAUGGAAAUAAAGUAAGAAAGAAACUCAUGGCUCCAGAUAUUAGCCUGACCCUGGAUCCUAGCGAUGGCUCUGUGCUGUCAGAUGAUUUGGAUGAAAGUGGGGAGAUUGACUUAGAUGGCUUAGACACGCCAUCAGAAAACAGUAAUGAAUUUGAGUGGGAAGAUGAUCUUCCAAAACCCAAAACUACUGAAGUUAUUAGGAAAGGCUCAAUUACUGAGUACACAACAGCAGAGGAAAAAGAAGAUGGACGACGCUGGCGUAUGUUCCGAAUUGGAGAACAGGACCACAGGGUUGAUAUGAAGGCAAUUGAACCCUAUAAGAAAGUUAUCAGCCAUGGAGGAUAUUACGGGGAUGGAUUAAAUGCCAUUGUUGUGUUUGCUGUCUGUUUUAUGCCCGAAAGUGGUCAGCCUAACUAUAGAUACCUGAUGGACAAUCUCUUUAAGUAUGUUAUUGGCACUUUGGAGCUAUUAGUAGCAGAAAACUACAUGAUAGUUUAUUUAAAUGGUGCUACAACUCGAAGGAAAAUGCCCAGUCUGGGAUGGCUCAGGAAAUGCUAUCAGCAAAUUGAUAGAAGGUUACGGAAAAACCUAAAAUCACUAAUCAUUGUACAUCCCUCAUGGUUUAUCAGAACACUUCUAGCUGUCACAAGACCCUUUAUUAGCUCAAAAUUCAGCCAAAAAAUUAGAUACGUCUUUAAUUUGGCAGAACUAGCGGAACUUGUCCCCAUGGAAUAUGUUGGCAUACCAGAAUGCAUAAAACAGUAUGAAGAAGAAAAGUUUAAAAAGAAACAAAAAAGAGUUGAUCAAGAACUUAAUGGAAAACAAGAAGAACCGAAAAGUGAACAGUAAGUUUGGUAUCUAGUCCAAACAAGACUGAAGAAUGUACUGAUGAAGCAGUGCUCCUUUUUGCAUUUAUAAUGCAUUUAUUGGCCCUGAUUUUUAUGUAACCUGUUACGAAAUUGACUCUUCCUUACUGGACUUUUGUAUAAGGGACUGUUCACUGCUGUAUUGGUUUGCAAAUCUCUUGAAUUUAGCUCCUUAUUAGCUAAUUAUAUUGUAAUCAUUUUGUAUUUUAUAUUGCUAAAUAGCAGAGAACCACAC